AUGGCUGUAAACGGGUCUUUGUCGAGUCCCCAAGAGCUAUGGAGGCACUCUUCCCCGGAGUCCACGCAAAUACACGAUUUCAUGAAAAAAACGUCCGAAAAACAUGGAAUUAUCUUCAAUGACUACGGCAGUCUCUGGGAAUGGAGUAUAGCAGAACCCGCCAAAUUCUGGGAGGAGAUAUGGCAGUAUACGGAAAUCAAUGCGCAUAAGCCAUACAACCAGGUUUUAGGCUCUGAUAAUCUCUUAUUUCCUCGACCUCAAUUCUUUGCGGGUGCGAGGUUAAAUUUUGCUGAGAAUCUUCUCUAUCCCGCCUGCUCGCCCGAUGAAAACGCUGUAGCGGUGAUUGGCGUCACAGAACAGGAACGAGAAUAUAUCUCGUGGAAGGAAUUGCGGGAUCGUGUUCGACAAUGCGCCAAUUCUCUGAAAGAAGCGGGCCUGCAGGAAGGUGACAGGGUUGCGGGUUUCUUGGGGAACCAUGCGAACACCAUUGUUGCAAUGCUGGCCACCACCUCCAUUGGUGCCUUUUGGACUGGCAUAUCUCCUGAUACAGGAGUGCAUGGUGUUCUUGAACGCCUCAAGCAGAUUGAGCCUAAGAUUCUAUUUGCUGAUAACGCCUCCCUUUAUAAUGGCAAGGUGCAUGGCACAAACACCAAAAUAAGUCAGAUCGUCCCUGAACUGCCAAAGCUAGAACGGCUUGUCAUAUUCCAAACAAUCAAGUCUCACGAGUUCAACCUUGGAGAGAUUUCUCUCCUUGGAGGGAAAGCAUAUAAGUACGACGAAUUUCUUUCCACAGCGAGCAACCCACCAGCCCCUCUUAACUUUGCAAGCCUAGCGCCUGGGCAUCCUGUUUACAUUCUUUACUCUUCAGGUACGACGGGUGCUCCCAAGCCUAUUGUGCACGGCUCCCUGGGAACUUUGCUACAACAUAAAAAAGAACAUGUACUUCACUGUGAUAUUCGUCCAGGUGACCGCUUGUUCUAUUUUACGACAACUACUUGGAUGAUGUGGCACUGGCUAGUCUCCGGGCUUGCCAGCGGCGCUACUAUUGUGCUGUACGACGGAUCGCCCUUCCGGCCUUUGGAUCUGGAAGGGGGCAACGGAGAAAUGGCUAUGCCACGCCUAAUCGAUGAACUACAAAUCACACACUUUGGUACUUCAGCCAAAUAUCUCUCAAUGUUGGAACAGGCUGGCCUAAACCCUAGGGAACAUCCCCAUCGUCCCGUUAGCCUACAAACGCUGAAGGCCAUCUUUAGCACAGGAUCUCCUCUUGCUCCCUCUACGUUUGACUACGUGUAUUCCUCGAUUCAUUCGGAUAUUAUGCUAGGCUCAAUCACAGGUGGUACUGAUAUUCUUUCCUUGUUUUGCGGCUCUUGCCCUAUUCUCCCUGUCUACAAGGGCGAAAUUCAGUGCCGCUGCUUGGCAAUGGCUGUAUCUGUCUAUGACUAUGCUGGAAAUGAUAUCAGUAACACCGGAGAACCAGGUGAUCUUGUCUGCACCCGGCCUUUCCCCGCACAACCUGUUAUGUUCUGGCCUCCUGGACCGGUCGGGGCAGAGAAAUACCGCAAAAGUUAUUUCGACGUUUUUGGGCCGUCCAUUUGGCAUCAUGGAGACUUCGUGCGAGUAGAACCUCGAACUGGUGGAGUGGUCAUGCUAGGGCGGAGUGAUGGCGUUCUGAAGCCGGCGGGAGUGAGGUUUGGCAGUGCAGAAAUCUAUAACAUUCUUUUAACCCAUUUUUCAGACGAAGUUGAGGAUUCUCUAUGCAUUGGACGCAGGAGAGAGGGGAUUGAUACAGAUGAAACCGUUGUUCUCUUUGUGAAACUUGCUGCCCGGGGCGAGUCUCGGACAACCAUGCCCCCCGGCCUUGCUGCGCGCAUCCAGGCCAUGAUUCGCAAAGAACUCAGCCCUCGCCAUGUUCCCGGUAUUGUCGAUGCCUGUCCAGAAAUUCCGGUGACCUCCAAUGGUAAAAAAGUUGAGAAUGCCGUAAAACAGAUCCUAUGCGGCCUUAAUAUCAAAAUCGGUGCCAGUGUCGCCAAUGCCUCGUGUCUGGAUUGGUAUCGUUUGUGGGCUGCUGAACAUCCCUAA